CAGGCGUGACUAACAGAACGCAAAGUCGUCGUUCGGGCGACUCUCAGCUGACAGCUGGCGCGCAUCUCACGCGGAAGUCGAGCGAAAAGUGAGGCUGGUCUCGGUCCGUCAUGGUUUUCGAGGCUUUGGUCAGCGACCUGCUCAACAGGUUCAUCGGAGACUACGUGGAGAACUUGGACAAGUCCCAGCUCAAGAUCGGGAUCUGGGGAGGAAAUGUUGUCCUGGAGAACCUGAGAGUGAAGGAAAAUGCCCUGAGUGAAUUUGACAUCCCGUUCAAGAUUAAGGCUGGACAGAUCGGUACGCUGACGUUGAAGAUCCCAUGGAAGAAGUUGUACAGCGACGCGGUGGUGGCCACGCUGGACGGGCUCUACCUGUUGCUUGUUCCCGGAGCCAGCGUCGCGUACGACGGGGCCAAAGAGGAGCGCUACCAGCAGGAGGCCAAACAACGGGAGCUGCAACGCAUCGAGGACGCCCUGCGCACGGCGGCGAGACGAGCAUCACAAAGCGGCGAGCUGCUCUUCAGUCUGGAAACUUUUGUUUAUCAGGAAACGCUCAACGUGCCGAAAGGAUUAAAAAAACACAAAAAGCGCCAAAAAGCUGCGAGGAAGUUGAAACGCGAUCACGAGGGCAAGUCAGAGAAACCUCCGGAGGAGAAGAAGGACUCGUUCCUGGAGAAGGUGGCCACGCAGGUCAUCAAGAACCUGCAGGUCAAGAUCGGCAGCAUUCACCUGCGAUACGAGGACGACGUGUCGGACCCGCAACGGCCGCUGUCCAUCGGCGUCACCCUUUCGGAACUCAGCCUGCAGACCACAGAUGAGAACUGGAAGUUAUGCAUCCUCAACGAAGCGGCAAAGAUCAUCUACAAGCUUGGCCGUCUGGACUGUCUGUGUGCUUACUGGAACGUCAACAGUCAGAUCUUCUACCGAGGAUCGUGGCAAGACAUUGUGGAUCAGCUCAAGUGUGGAAUCGGCAGCAAGGACCAGGAGCUGCCUCAAUACCACUACAUUUUCAAGCCCAUCUUUGCUUCAGCCAAAAUCCGCAUCAACCCCAACGCCGAGCAGGAACUGGACUCUCCGAAAGCCCAACUGCUUCUGGAGGUCCAGAACAUCGAUGUCCAGAUCACGAAACCUCAGUACGUGACCAUGGUGGAGAUGCUGGAGGCCAUAGACCGCAUGGUAAAGAACGGCCCCUACAGGAAGUUCCGGCCGGACGCGCCGGUCCACGCCGACGCCCGUGUCUGGUGGCGUUACGCCAUCAGCAGCAUCCUGGAGGUCCACGUCCGCCGCUCCAGCCGCAUGUGGUCCUGGUCCAACAUAAGACGGCACCGCCGGGACCUCAGGACCUACAAGACGGCCUACAAGAGCAAACUCCUGAGCCAGAGCAAGUUGAGCCCGGCCGCGGAGUGCAACCUUCAGGACCUGGAGAAAGUUCUGGACGUGUUCAGUAUCACCUUGGCUCGGCAGCAGGCCCACGUGGAGGUGGUGCGCUCGGGCCAGAAGCUGGCCGCCAAGAAGGCUUCGGCGGGCCAGAAGCAAGGAGGCGGCGGAUUCUUUCGCGGCUUCUUCGGCCGCAGGUCCAAGACGGAGGAGGAGCCGCGGGAGAGCGAGGAGGCCGAGGCCGAGGGCUCGGCUUUGGACGGCAUCAUGACGCCGGCGGAGAAGGAGAAGCUCUACGCCGCCAUCGGGUACAGCGGAAGCUCUCAUAACCUCACCUUGCCCAAAGAGUACGUCGCCGUGGUGGUCACCUUCCAACUCUUCAGGACUUCGGUGACGGUCCGAGAUCAGCCCCACGUGCCCGAGAUCCUCCGGGUCCAAAUGAUCCACCUCAGCACCCAAAUCUCACAGAGACCGGGAGCCCAGGCCCUCAGGGCGGAGGCGUCCCUGCGGCAGUGGAGCGUGACGGGCUUGGAGCAGCACGGCGCCGUUCCCGCUCUCAUCUCGGCCUCGGCGGGCGACCCGGCCUCGGCGUCUCUGCUGCGCGUGGCCUUUGAGCUGACUCCCGACGACAGCCGGGCCAAUUACGUGGUCAGGGUCCACUCGCAGCCCGUGCAGCUCAUCUAUGACGCCAUGACUGUCAACGGCCUGGCAGAGUUCUUCAAGACGGGCGAGGGCGUGGACCUGGAAGUCCUGACGUCGGCGACUCUUUCCAAACUGGAGGAGAUCAAAGAGAAGACGGCAGCAGGUUUGUCUCACGUCAUCGAGACCCGCAAGGUUCUGGACUUGAGGAUCGACCUGCGUCCGUCCUACCUUCUGCUGCCCAAGUCCGGCUUCUACUCGGACGCCUCGGAAGUGGUCGUCGUCGACUUUGGAAACCUGCGGUUCAACAGCGUCGACGAGAAGGGGCCUCCGCCGUCGUCGUCGUCGUCGUCUUUCUCCUCUCUGGAGGAGAUCAUGGACCGAGCGUACGAGCGAUACUGCGUGGAACUCAGACAAGUUCAAGUACUUUACAGCAAGUCAGGGGACGAGUGGAAGUCGGCCCGCGCGCAGAACUCGUCGCGGCUGCACAUCCUGCGGCCGCUGCACUUGACCUUGCACUUGUCCAAGUGUAUGGUGGACAAAGACGCCAGGAUGCCCAGGUUGAAGGUUUCGGGCGAGCUGCCUCUUCUGCACGUCAAGAUGUCUGAUGAGAAGAUCCAGAAGGUUCUGGAGCUGAUCCACAGCAUCCCGCUGCCUCAAGCGGGCUCCGCGCCCUCGACGCCCGGAGACGAGGUGCCGACUUUGGCCGGGUCGCCGCCGCGAGCCCUCGGCCUUCGUCCCGCGCUCCUCGGCGUGGCUGAGCCAGAUUCGGACGCCAGCCGGACGUCGCCGGAGGACGAGAACGGGCGCCGGGCCCCGGAGGAGCUGACCGAUCUUCAGUUCGCGUUUGAAGUUCAAGAGGCGCUGCUGGAGCUGACGCGGCGAGCGAGCCGGGAGAAAACCGUGCUGGCGCUUCGCGUCCGUCAGCUGGGAGCCCAGGGGAAGGUCAGGACCUUCGACGUCAGCGUCACGUCGUACCUACGCAGCGUCACGCUGGACUACUGCCGCGUGGACGACGGGGGCCCCCUUCACCUGAUCAGAUGCUCCGAGCAGCAGAGCGCCGACCUUCUCAAGGUUGACUUCGUCAAGGCGGACCUCGGCGGGCCCAACUUCCGGACGCUCUUCGACAACACCCAGCAAACUCUCAAGGUGGAGUUUUCCUCCUUGGACGUUCUCGUCGACGCUGAAGCCUUGCUGUCCACCGUGGACUUCUUGUCCGGCGCCGUACCGCCGCAACUUCUUUCGGACCGCGACGCGUCUGCGGACGUCAGGAAGCGGCUGGACGCAGACCGGGGCAGGACAGGUGAGCCUGCGGUCCAGAUCGCGUCCAAAAGUGCAAAAGACGCCGACGUGUUCAGCUUCAAGUUUUUGGCGGCGCUGGGAUGUUUCCACGUGGAGCUUUGCGACGGCCCGAGCAGCGUCGCCGACAUCCGAGUCCAAGGCAUGGACGCGUCGGUGCUGGUGCAAGCUAAGCAAACGGAGGUGUUCGCUCGCCUCCGAGACAUCGUUGUGACCGACGUCAACCCUCGGUGCAUUCACAAAAAGGCGGUGUCCAUCAUGGGCGAGGAGGUGUUCAGCUUCAAGCUUUGUUUGUUUCCGGGGGCCACCGAGGGGGACGACUACGGAGACACGGCCAAGGUGGACGGCAAGGUCACCCUGCGCCUGGGCUGCAUCAAGAUGGUCUACCUGCACAAGUUCCUCACGUCGCUGCUGAUGUUUGCGGGCAACUUCCAAACGGCCAAAAAAGCCGUGAGCGCGGCCACGGCCCAGGCGGCGUCUGGUGUGCGCCACUUGGCCCACAAGAGUUUCCGCCUGUCCACCGACAUCAAGCUGAAGGCCCCCCUCAUCGUGGUGCCGCAAUCCUCCACCUCCUACAACGCCGUUCUGGUGGACCUCGGCCUUAUCACGGUGUCCAACAGCUUCUCCCUCGUGGCCGCCGAAGGAUUCUCACUACCCGCCGUGGUGGACAAGAUGGACAUCAGGCUCACUCAGCUGAAACUCUCCAGAACCACCCUGAGGAGUGACUCAUCUUCCAGCCCGGACAUUGAGAUCUUGGAGCCCAUAAACAUAGAACUUGUGGUCACCAGAAACAUGGCCUCAUCCUGGUUCACCAAGAUCCCAGGGACGCACGUGCAAGGGGUUCUGCGCUCCCUGAAGGUGAGCGUGGGCGAGGAGGACGUUGGUGUGCUGAUGAAGGUUCUGCUGGAGAACAUCGGGGAGGCAAGUCAAGAACACUCCAACGCCAAGGAUGGCAACAGGGCUGAAGAGAAAGUCGAGCUUGGCGAGCGGCAGUCGGCGGCGCCGUCACCGCGAGGUGGUGGUGGCGGCGGCGUGGCGGAGUCUGUCGCCAACGGUGGUCCUGGUGACAACGCCGUCAACGUCCUCAUCAAUUUUGAAAUCAGAGAAGUUCUGCUCAGCCUGAAGAAGACGAGGAAGGCGGACAGCGAGGUCGAUGCGGAACGUCCUUUCCUGGUGUUCCAAGUGGCUCACUUGGGCGUGGACACCAAAGUGAGGACGUACGACACUUGCGCCACCACGUACAUCAAGAAGAUGACGCUCACCUGUCUGGAGUUCAAAGACUCCAGUGGGGAUCCUUUGUGCCUGGUCAGCUCGUCUGCAGAGUCUGGAGCCGAGCUGCUGAAAGUCCAGUACUUCAAGGCUGACCGCCGCGGUCCAAACUUCUCCAGCGUGUACAAGAACACAGAACAGAUGAUCAACGUGACCUUCACAUCCCUCGACCUCAUGCUGCACGCCCAGGCUCUCCUGUCCGCUGUCAACUUCCUGUCGGGGACUCUGUCUUCAGGCGGCGGCGCGGUGUCUCCGGAGAGGACGGUCCGCCUCAAGGCUGAAGACGGCAAAAUGGCUGCCACGAAGUCCAACGCAUCUGCGACUCCCGAGUUUGGGAACGUCAUCGAUUUGAAGGUGAUGGUGGCUCUGGGGGCCUUCAACGUGCUGGUGUGUGACCAGAGCAGUAACAUAGCGGACAUCAAAAUUCAAGGUCUCCGCGGAUCCAUGUUGGUGCAAGGACCUCAAACUCACUUGUCGGCGCACCUGAAGGACUUUGUCGUCCUCAACGUGGAUCCUUCCAGUAUCCACAAGAAGGCCAUCUCAAUCGUAGGGGACGAGGUGUUCAGUUUCUCCGUCAGUCUGACUCCCAACGCCACCGAAGGCUCCGGGUACGCAGACACAUCCAAAACGGACGGACGGGUCAAGCUGAACGUGGGCUGCAUCCAAGUGGUCUACCUGCACAAGCUGGUCGUGGCCCUCCUGAACUUCACCAAUAACUUCCAAACGGCCAAAGCGGCGGUGACCGCGGCGACCGCUCAGGCGGCGGACAGGGCGGCGUCCAGCGUUCGAGACUUUGCUCAAAAAAGCUUCCGCCUGUCCACGGACGUCAACCUGAAAGCGCCUCUCGUCGUCGUCCCCCAGUCGUCCACCUCCUCCCUCGCGCUGGUGGUGGACUUGGGUUUAAUCACCGUCUCCAACGCCUUCUCCCUGCUCCCCGUUGAUGGAUGCUCCCUCCCGGCCGUGGUUGACAACAUGGACAUCCGGCUAACCCAGCUGAAACUGUCCAGGAACUGUUUGGACCCGACAUCGGGCGGACCCUCUCGCGAGCUCGUAGAACCCGUCAACCUGAACUUGCGGGUCAACAGGAACUUGGCCGCGUCCUGGUACAACAAGAUGGCUGCCGUCGAGGUGGACGGCGACCUCAAGCCGACGAAGAUGUCCCUGAGCCAGGACGAUCUGAAGGUGCUGCUGAAGAUUUUGACCGAGAACUUGGCAGAGGCUGACGGCCCGGAGCCAAGUGGGCCGAGACCAGGAACCAGUCCGCAGCCUCCAGCGCCCGCGGGGCCUCAGACAGGUGGCACCGAGAAGCAGGUGAACUUGGAUCAAGAGCGGGAGGAAAUUCUGGAGUCCGUCAAGUUCAACUUUAGUAUUGAGUCUCUCGGAUUGGUUCUGUACGAGGAUGAAGCCGUAAAGUCUCCUGACCAGAAGAGCCAGGAGAACCUGUGUCUGGGCGAGUUCGCCCUCCACCUCCUUAAGGCAUCCGGCAAGAUCUGGAACAACGGCAACAUGGAGUUAGGCACCAUCUUGACCAACUGCACUCUGGACGACCGGAGGACGGGAGUGGACCGGGUCACUUCGCGGAUGCUGAGCCGUCGAGACUCGCAGAGCUCCGAGGUGAUGAUCGACCUGACGUACCGGCAGAGCCCAAACGACCGUUCGGUGGUGGCCAUCCUGCAGAAACUGUCGGUGUGCGCCAGUGUGGACUUCUUGGUGGCCGUGGCCGACUUCUUCUUGCAGGCUUUACCUCGGCGUCCCCCCCAAAACACUGGCGGAGUGCCAAGUGGCAGGACGGCCUUCCGACAAACGGCAGAACAGAGGCCCGGGGCCGAGACAGCGCGGCCGAUCAGGACCAGCGUGCGUGGGCUGGUCGUGGACCCGGAGGUGGUCUUCGUGGCCGGUCUGACGAAGGCCGACGCUCCGUCUCUGCUGGUGUCCUUCCAGUGCGACUUGAGCCUGGAGGCGGAGGAGGACGGAGCCCAGACCCUGAAGGCCCAACUUCGGGCCCUCGAGGUCCUGGCCUGCCCUUUCAUUCACGACAAGGAGGACAGGGCCAUUACCACGGUUUUGAGACCCUGCUCUGUCGUCGUGGAAACCAAAAGAGGUCCCGGCCAACCGCUGAGCGGGUCCGUCACGGUGGAGGAGGUCAUCGUUAAGAUUUCUCCGUUCAUCCUCAACACGGUCAGCACCAUCACGGCAGCCAUGACGGCCAGGCGGCGGGACGGCGACCGGACCGAAGACCAGCUCGAGGACCUCAAAGACCUGUGGAUCACCAAGAAGGUCCGCACCUGUAACUACUGGUUCCUGGGCGUGGACCAGGCCAGCGAGGUCACCGAGAACUUCAGGGACCAGGAGGACCUGAACGUAGGCCAGAACUUUGCCGCCCAAGUCAAAGUGAUACAGGUGACCCUGGAGUCCGGCGUGGGUCACCGUACGGUGCCCCUGCUUUUGGCGGAGUCCUCCUUCAGCGGGUCGGCCCAGAACCGGUCCUCGCUCCUGCAGCUGAAAGCCAACGUGACUCUGGAGGUGAACUACUUCAACGAGAUCCACGCCGUGUGGGAGCCGCUGAUCGAGCGCGUGGACGCCGGCGCCCGGCGGUGGAGCCUCCAGCUGGAGAUGAAGAACAAUCCGGCCCAGGACAAGAGCCCGGUCCACGGGGACGACUUUGUGACGGUGCCGGAAGCGCGCACGGCCGUCAACAUCAGCUCCGGCGACGCCCUCAACGUCACCGUGUCGCGCUGCGGCCUCGACGUCUUGGCCGACCUCGCCAAGGCCUUCUCGGAGGGCUCCACGUCCGCCUUCGACACGUCGGCGAAGGAGAAGGCUCCGUUCACCGUCUUCAACGCUCUGGGCGUGCCGCUCUCGGUGCAGCACAGCGCCAACUUGAGGCCGGCGGGGGCGCCGCAGCGGGGGAGGCCGCUGGAGCUGCCGCCCCGGCGCGCCCUGGACCUGGAACACUCCGCGUUCGAAGCCUCCUCUCGGGGAAGGCUGUCGGCUCUGCAGCGCCAGGAGAGCUCCUUGUUCCACCUCAGCAUCGUGCCGUCGGGCUACAGCGAGAUAGCCGACGUCCCCGUGGACAAGCCGGGCCGGCGUUUGUACAACGUCCGCGGGCCCUCGCUGCAGGAGUCGGUGUCGGUCCUGAUCCAGAUCGACGCCGCCGACGGCAACAAGCUGGUCACCGUCCGCUCCCCCCUGCAGAUCCGGAACCACUUUUCCGUGCCGUUCAGCGUCCUCAAGUUCUGCCCGUCGAGCCGCAGCCUGCAGCCCAUCGGGCUCGCCCACCCCGAGAAGGAAUUCCACAUCCCGCUGGAUGCGUACAGGCUCCAGCUGUACGUCCGUCCGGCUUCCGGCCCGUCGUCCGAGUACGGUCCGUCGUCCACGUGCGUGUCCUGGAAGGAGGAGGUGCACCGCAGCUCGGAGGUGCGCUCGCUGCUGCAGUGCCCCCCGCUGGAGGGCGGCGGCGGCGUGCUCCCCCUGAUGGUCGGCACGCUCGCCGCGCCCGACGCCCUGGACCACAUCGCCGGUGGCGGGGAGGACGACUGGGACCCGGCCUACGUCCUCCACCUGCGCCCCGUGGCCACGCUGAGGAACCUGCUGCCGUACACGCUCGGGUACAUGAUGGAGAGUUGCGGCGAUUCGUACCAGCUGCCCGAAGGGAGCUCGUCGGACCUGCUGAACGCUCGCGUGUCUGGCGAGGUGCUGUCUCUGGUUCUGCUGCGGUACCAGGGCCGCGACUGGCACGGGCACCUGCGGCUGGACCGCGACAUGCCCGAGUUCCUGGCCGUGUGCCUGACGUGCGACUCGGACGCCGCCCUGACUUUGGACCUCGGCGUCCACGUCUCGACGGCGCCGGGGCAGCUCCUGUUGUCCGUCUUCAGCCCCUUUUGGAUCAUCAACAAGACCCGCCGGGUCCUCCGGUACCGGGCCGAAGACGUCAGCGUCAAACAUCCUUCGGACGUCAGGGACAUCGUCCUCUUCUCCUUUCGUCGGAAGAACCUCCUGAGCAAGAACAAGCUCCAGCUGCGCGUGUCCACCAGCUCCUGGUCGGACGGCUUCUCCCUGGACACGGUGGGAAGUUACGGCUGCGUCCGUUGCCCCGGCAGCAAGGACGCCGACUUCCUGGUGGGCGUGAGCAUCCGCAUGAGCAGCUUCAACCUCACCAAGAUGGUCAGCUUGACUCCUUUCUACACGCUGGUCAACAAAUCGUCCUUCGAGCUGGAGGUCGGCGAACCCGCCGGCGCGGCCACCAGGUGGCACUACAUCCCCUCGGCCGAGUGUCUUCCUCUGUGGCCCGAGAGCAGUUCGGGAAAGUUGUGCGUGCGCGCAGUGGGCGGCGAGCGGGCGUCCGAGUUCUUCUUCUUCAACCGGCAGGACAACGGCACCCUGCUGGGCCUGGACGCGUGCGGGGGGAUCGUGGUGGACGUCAACGUGUCGGAGCACUCGUGCGUGGUCGGCUUCGGCGACUACUACGAGGGGGCGGCCCCCGCCCUCCUGGUCAACCACACGCCCUGGGUGGACAUCAGCUACAAGCAGAGCGGUUGUGCCGCCGUCCACCGGCUGAGACCCGGCGAGGCUCGACGCUUCGCCUGGGACGAUCCCGCCGGGCUUCGGAGGCUCGCCUGGACCUGCGCGGAGCAUUCCGGAGAGACCGACCUUCUCAAGGACGAGUUGGGUCAGUUUUCGUACGACGGCCUUUCUGAGGUCCACUGGGUGUCCUUCCUGGACGGCCGUCAGCGCGUCCUGAUCUUCACCGAAGAUGUCGCCGUGGUGACCAAAGCCCGCCAGGCCGAGGAACUGGAGCAGUUCCAGCAGGAAAUCCAGGUCUCCCUCCAGAACCUGGGACUCUCCCUGGUCGAUAACGCCAGCCGCCAGGAAGUCGCCUACGUCGGCGUUCCCAGUUCUGGCGUGGUCUGGGAGAUGAAGCGCAAGAACCGCUGGAAGCCGUUCAGUCAGAAGCACAUCAACUUGUUGGAAAAGUCCUACCAGAGCCUUCAGAGCGGCGAGUCGGAGGCCGCGUGGACCAAAGUGGACGCCGACCUGGAGGUCAACCUGAGCGCCGCCGUCAUGACGAUGCGGCGGCCCUUUUCCUGCCCGCUCCGGAGGAACUUCCUGUCGGGCAUCCAGGUCGAGUUUAAACGAUCCCGGCACCAGCGGAGUCUGAGGGCCCGGCUGCAUUGGCUGCAGGUGGACAACCAGCUUCCGGGCGCCAUCUUCCCCAUCGCCUUCCACCCGGUUCCUCCUCCCAAGUCCGUCGCUCUGGACUCAGAGCCCAAACCCUUCAUCGACGUGUCCGUCAUCACGCGCUUCAACCAACACAGCAGCGUCACGCAGUUCAAGUACUUCAUGGCGUUGGUCCAGGAAAUGGCGGUGAAGAUCGAUCAAGGCUUCCUGUCGGCCAUCUUGGCUCUGUUGGCGCCCGCUGGCGCCCGUCAGGCCGAGGGACAGAGGAGUCACCUGAUCCAAAAGGACGUUGCGCUUCUGCAGGCCGAACUGAUGGAAAGUUCUCUGAGCGACGCGUCGGGACUCAGCUUCUUUGAGCACUUCCACAUCUCCCCCAUCAAGCUCCACCUGAGUUUGUCGCUGGGCUCCGGCGACGAGGGCUCGGCCCGGGACUCCGCCCCCGCCGUGCAGUCGCUCAACUUGCUCCUGAAGAGCAUCGGCGCCACGCUGACCGACGUGGACGACCUCGUCUUCAGGCUGGCCUACUUCGAGGUCUCGUACCGGUUUUACCGCAGGGAGAAGCUGACGCGGGCGGUGGCGCGACACUACAGCGAGCAGUUCUUGAAGCAGCUGUACGUCCUGGUUCUGGGUCUGGAUGUGCUGGGAAACCCGUUUGGACUGAUCCGAGGUCUGUCCGAGGGCGUGGAGGCCUUCUUUUACGAGCCUUUCCAGGGGGCGGUCCGAGGUCCCGAGGAGUUUGCUGAAGGUUUUGUGAUCGGCGUGCGGAGCCUCCUGGGUCACACAGUUGGCGGCGCCGCCGGCGUGGUGUCCAGAAUUACGGGCUCGGUGGGCAAAGGCCUGGCGGCCAUCACCAUGGACAAAGAGUACCAGCAGAAACGCAGAGAGGAGAUGAACAGAACCCCCAGAGACUUUGGGGGGAGUUUGGCCAAGGGCGGGAAAGGACUACUCAAGGGCGUCGUCAGCGGCGUGACCGGCAUCGUCACCAAGCCGGUGGAAGGGGCCAAGAAGGAGGGCACGGCGGGCUUCUUCAAGGGCGUCGGCAAGGGUCUGGUGGGCGCGGUGGCCCGGCCCACGGGCGGCAUCGUCGACAUGGCCAGCAGCGCCUUCCAGGGCAUCCAGAGAGCGGCAGAAUCCACGGAGGACGUGAGUAAGCUUCGCCCGGUCCGACUGAUCCGAGAGGACGGAAUCGUCCGACCCUACGACCUCAACGAGUCGCAAGGCUUUGACCUUUUCCAGCGUUGCGAGCUCAAGCGGCUCGAAGGCGAAGUCUUCCGAGAUCAGUGUCCUUACCCCGGCCGCAGAAAGACCAACAUCGUCGUCACGAACAGGCGGGUGGUGUGCGUCAAGGAGAUGGAUUUCGUGGGCCACUUCAGCAAAGACUGGGAGUGUUUGUUUGAAAACUUCUACUGCGCUCCCAACGUCAGCGGAACGCGACUCAACAUCUACUGCAAGGAGCAUCACGUCUUGAAGCUUCCAAAAAAAGACGCCGAGCAGUCGACGCGAAGUAUCGAGCUGAGAGAUGAAACCACGGCGCAGAGGAUGCUGCUGGCCGUCUCGGACGCGCACGCGGCCCACCGCCAUCGUCGCAUGAGCACGCAAAAGUCUCAGCGCUUCCUCAAGGCCGGCGGACGGCCGUGACCCGGCUUCCUGCCCCCGUCGGCUCGGUCUCGUCGGCAUCUUUUUUUUCUCCUCCUCAUUGACAGUUUUUAUGCGAUUGAGAUCAAAUUCAAAUUGUUGUCCACUUUUCUUCAUUUCGGGCUGAAAUAAAAACAAAAGAAUGA